UAUUUUUCAUUUAAGGGUGACUCAGUAUGAUCACUCCGGCUUUCGACAUCAGCCAGGAUGCAGACUUCCUUACUAUCACCAUCAAAGUUCCCUAUGCCCGGGUGUCGGAAUUGGAUAUCUACAUUGACGGAGACGACUUCAAAUUCUACGCCAAGCCUUACUUUCUCAGAUUGACCCUGCCGGGCAGAAUUGUGGAGGAUGGGAGACAGAAAGCCACAUAUAAUGCUGAUGAUGGGGUAUUCACUGUCCGAGUGCCUAAAGAGACCCCAGGACAGAAUUUUGAAGGCCUAAAUUUGCUGACUUCCCUAUUGGCACCAAAAGGAGUUCGAACAGCUAAACACCUUGUGGAAGAAAUAGGAGCUUCAAAUGAGAUCCCGGAAGAUGACGAUGAAGACUUUGAUUGGCAGAUCGAACAGACACCUUAUGAGGAGUCGCCCUCUGAUGAGCUCGGCUCCCAAUGCACCUACGGUUUUGGAAAUUUGCGAGUUGGAGUCUUCGGACGACUGCAGGAAGAACUGAAUGAUGUUAUUGACUUGAGAGACCCUGACGUCACCCCGGCGGCGGAACGCACACGCAGGCGCCUGGAAGCUGAAAAGGCCAAGUUUGACCCCGAUCAUUACCUAGCCGACCUCUUUGAAGACGAUGCUAUCAAACAGUUGCUGAGGUACAAAACCUGGUGGGUGGAGAUCCCGGACAGAGCCGCCAAUGUUUCCCAAGAAGGAGAGGACAAAAGAGUCACGUUUACAGAGAAGGAGAAGGAGCAGCUGAGAAAAUUCACCAACAAGUCCUAUCUGCUGGAUAAGAGAGCGAAGCAGCUGGCGUACCUAGGUCUGAUCGAUGUGCUGCUGGCGUACUGCUAUGAAACCCGUGUCACUGAAGGAGAGAGAAAUGUAGAGUCUUCGUGGAAUAUCAGGAAACUGAGUGGAACUCUGUGCUGGUUUGAGAACUACAAGUCGGUGAAGGACGUCCUGGUGUCUUUCGGGAGACGUGUGUCAUGCUAUCCACUCUAUAGGAACUUUCGUCUGGUGACAAAGUCCGUCCAGGAUCUCAUCUCGCUGCUCAGAUUGGGCAAGGCCGCGGUCCUCAAGUGCUUGUUGGACAUCCACUCAAUCUUUCAAGAAAACGACCCCGCGUACAUUCUCAACGACCUGUAUAUUACAGACUACUGUAUCUGGAUUCAAAAAGUCAAGUCCAAGAAAGUGGCGGCUCUGGCAGACUCUCUGCAGGCCGCCGGCCUCUCCAAAGCAGACCUGGGCUUGGAGUUGGAAGAGUUGGAGGAAGCUGCCAGUCUGGUACAAGAGGAAGAGAAAUUGCUGGAGACGGCCGGCAGCGUUCCCAGGCAGCCCGCAGCCCUCAUUACCUCUGAAACUUCCAGCAGCUCCUCAUCUGAAUACACUUCAUCCGACGAGAGCGACGACGGCGGCAGCAGCAGCGAGGAAUCGGAAACCAAAGACUCGCCCGAGACGGCUCUCCUACAGGCUGCGGAGAUAACAACCAGCCAACCUUCCCCCACCCGCGCACCUGUUCUUGUAGAAGACGUGACAGCGCACGUGGCAAUUAGCGCCCCACAGGGCCAUGCCGCUGACGGCUCCCGAGGCGAGAAGGAAACAGGCAGCAGCGUCCGGCAUCCAGGACGUACCGAGCCAGAGGCACCCGUCAGCCACUUCUUGGAGGUGACCCCUUGCAGGAAUCCUCUCCUUAUAGUACAGCCUCCCGAAGACAGCGACACUUCAUUGCCUAUUGACUGAUCCUUUCUCGUCUCCCGCUCUCGACGAACAUGGCGCGACCCACCACGAGCGCUCCGGAUGGGUCUUUAUUAGGAAUAAAUGAUAGCGGCGUUCUGCGCAUACUUCAUUAAUGCAUGAGUUGUGUUCCCGGGCAUCCAAUCAAUCUCCUAAGUGGAGCAGAACAGCCAUAAAAGACUGGCGGAGUGUGAACCGUUACACAGAUCGGGGUGGAAAUGACGGCUGCUGCUUACCAACGAGAUCUUUGGGGAAUGCGUC